CCGGGUCGUAGACCUUACGACGAUGUUACGUAGAAGACGUAAGGAAGGUGGCGAGCGCUGAACGCCGGCGCCGCGGUCACGUGAUGCGGCGGGAGGGCCGUUGGCUCCUCCUUCUGCAAGAUGGCGUCCUUGCUGCAGUCGGAGCGGGUUCUCUACCUAGUCCAAGGGGAAAAGAAGGUUCGGGCCCCGCUCUCGCAGCUCUACUUCUGCCGCUACUGUAGCGAGCUGCGGUCGCUGGAAUGUGUGUCUCACGAGGUGGACUCUCAUUAUUGUCCCAGUUGCUUAGAAAAUAUGCCGUCGGCUGAAGCCAAACUGAAAAAGAACAGGUGUGCCAACUGCUUUGACUGUCCUGGAUGUAUGCAUACUCUCUCCACUCGGGCAACAAGCAUCUCCACACAGCUUCCCGAUGACCCAGCCAAGACCACCAUGAAGAAGGCCUAUUACCUGGCCUGUGGAUUUUGUCGCUGGACGUCUCGAGAUGUGGGCAUGGCAGACAAAUCUGUAGCUAGCGGUGGUUGGCAGGAACCUGAAAAUCCACACACACAGCGGAUGAACAAAUUGAUUGAAUAUUACCAGCAACUUGCUCAGAAAGAGAAGGUUGAACGUGAUCGCAAGAAACUUGCACGACGUAGGAACUAUAUGCCUCUGGCUUUUUCGGAUAAAUACGGUCUUGGAACCAGGCUUCAGCGACCACGAGCUGGCGCAACUAUCAGCACCCUUGCUGGACUUUCCUUGAAAGAAGGAGAGGACCAGAAAGAGAUCAAGAUUGAGCCAGCUCAAGCUGUGGAUGAAGUAGAACCUCUCCCUGAAGACUAUUAUACAAGACCAGUAAACCUGACAGAGGUGACCACCCUUCAGCAGCGCCUCUUACAGCCGGACUUCCAGCCAGUGUGCGCUUCACAGCUCUAUCCUCGCCACAAGCAUCUUCUGAUCAAGCGCUCCCUGCGCUGCCGGAAAUGUGAACAUAAUUUGAGCAAGCCAGAAUUUAAUCCAACAUCUAUCAAAUUCAAAAUCCAAUUGGUUGCUGUCAAUUAUAUUCCAGAAGUGAGAAUCAUGUCAAUCCCCAACCUUCGCUACAUGAAGGAGAGCCAGGUCCUCCUGACCUUAACGAAUCCAGUGGAGAACCUCACCCAUGUGACUCUGUUGGAGUGCGAGGAAGGGGACCCUGAUGAUAUUAACAGCACUGCUAAGGUGGUGGUGCCUCCCAAAGAGCUUGUUCUGGCUGGCAAGGACGCAGCCGCAGAGUAUGAUGAGUUGGCAGAACCUCAAGACUUCCAGGAUGAUCCAGACAUUAUAGCCUUCAGAAAGGCCAACAAAGUGGGUAUUUUCAUCAAAGUUACCCCACAACGUGAGGAAGGUGAAGUGACCGUGUGCUUCAAAAUGAAACAUGAUUUUAAGAACCUGGCAGCUCCCAUCCGCCCCAUUGAAGAAAGUGAACAGGGCACAGAAGUCAUCUGGCUCACCCAGCAUGUGGAACUCAGCUUGGGCCCGCUUCUUCCUUAAAAUUUUCUAGGGGCGGACAGAUAGCAAACACAGUGUCAUCACUAACCCACGCUAAGAUGUGGAAGCUGCUACUUCAUAGGCCUUGUUUAUAACCACAUCCCCGUGCACUACUGAAUCCUUUCCCUAGCACAAUGGGAGCAGUGGCCAGCUGUUAAGAGCACAGAUGACUGUCAAGCCUCUUGCCUCUGUCCACCACUGAGCCCUGCAUGUUGAACCACAACAUAGUUCCAUCCCACUAUGGAGGCUGUUACUCGGAGUGGCAUGAGAUUUGUCACCUGGGAAACUGACCAUGCCCUCUGUCGAUGUGAUCUCACUAAGAAUCACAGAGUGGCAAAUGACAUGAAAAAGAUAACCAAAAGGUGGAGCGCCUGUUAGUGAUCCAGCAUUGGUCUCAGCAUACCAGCUGCCACCUGUGUCCCAUUAGCAGGACCUAGCUGUCUACAGCGUGCCCUGCCCUUGGGGCUCCCCAUGUGCCAGUUGACAGAAAAGUAAUGCUGUCACCUUGUCUUCACUUUAGUGCUGAUUGGAAAAGCCUUUGUAAUUCUUAAGGCAGUUUGAUUUGCCUUCUCACUGAAUACAGAACACUUAGCAGUUUUUUGGUGUAAUGCAGAACUUUUGGGAUGGAGUUGGGAAGCAAGUAAUUGCAUGUCAUGUUAGAGGGGAAGCAGAUUCCAUUCAUUUAAAAUAUUACCACACAAUCUGAGGAUGGGUGCAGUCCCAGGGUCUUUGUCUUACUCCUUGGCCCAUCUCUGCUCUGCCUCUUUAACUCAGUAAGUUUUUCUGAGAAUUUGGAACCGUGAGGAGCCCAGAGAAAAUCUGCAUGGACAAGUUACUUGUGGGAAUAUUUGAAUGAUAGAUUUUUUUAGCAUGAUCUGAACUAACGUUCUUUCUGUUGAUUUGAAGGGGAAAGUGAUAGUAUCUUGACUCCAAAACUGGGUGUUAGGAAAAAGAGCUUUUCCCUAGUGAGUUUUAGACUUUAAUCAUAUGACACACAUAAGGUAUGUCAAAUAAGAGCAUUUUGAUUGUAAACCAUAAGAUAGUUGAGGAAGUAGCCCAAAAUCCUAGCCUAACAGCAGAUGCUGUUUUCCCUUGGAAUCUUGGAGCUGGUUUCCUAACUUUAAUUUCUGUGAUAUUUCCUAAAAUGGACUUGACAGUGUAGACCGCCAGUUGCCAGUAGACUGUCAAAGAAAAGGAAAUUUCUGGUUUACCCUGAUUUCAUUUUUAAUUCUUUAGUCUAAAGAAAUUAAAAUUAGGCAUAUUGCAAUAUGGAACUAAGAUAAUUUUCAGCCCUUGUCAGCUCCCCUUGAAAGAUGAAAAUAUUUAGGAAGCUUUUCAAAGACACUAAAGUGUACUCUUUUAAAAAAUCAAGGCAACUUUAUCAAGCAGUAUUCCCACAGAAUAAUAUACAUGCUGCAGUGUAAGAAAAAAAUAACUCCUCUCUAAUAUUAGAGUCACACUAAAUACAGUUGGCCUCCUAGGAGGCAAGGCAGGGGAGUGGGUAAUUACAAGUUUACAGGCUACAGAAGCAGCUGAAUUUUGUGUAACUUGCAUACUGUGGAAUUAGUUUUGAAUCACUAUCUGUUAAAGCCUGCAUUGAAACUACUGGUUGGUGUUUGCCAAGGGAGCAAACGGGCAUCAAGGGGAGAGCAACUUUCCAGGUGCACGUGUUUGCUAGGCUGCACAGCUCAAUGGUGUGUCUUUAUGGUCAGUGGCCAUUACCAUUGAUCCCCAAAGUAAUAAUAUUUAAGUAACAUCUCAUCAUUGCCAUGUGACACCACACAAACACUUUUCCAUGCAGAGGUCAGAUUAACUUGGAGAAUAACACAUUGGUUUAAUAUUUCCUCAAGGUAGGUUUUAAUGCAGGCUGGAAAUUCUGUUUGUAGAAAUGUUCCAGUACUUGCAGCUGGUGAAUUAGGAAUUUAUUGCUUUUUUUUGUAUUAGAUUGGGUGCAAGCUUUGUGAUGCUUGUCCCACACGGAACAGUUAGAGAUCUUCAGCUCUUGAAAGCACAGUUUGGGAAAUGAAAAGCUAAGUUCAUCUGGAUUUGUGAUUCACCCAACGUUUUCUUUUGUUUAAAGUGUUCUUAGGCAUCAUGAGUUCUGUGUCACCCAUGUUUGUUUAGAAUCCUUGUUGGCUCCCUCUGGGAAUGAGAGGCACUCCCUAUCUUAUGAAUGACAGGUUACUGUUUUGCCUUAUUGCUUAACUUAAUGUAGUGAAAUAAAGCAGACGAAGUAUG